GCCAGAACCACCAAUCAAACGCAGACAGAGUAUGAGCGUAAACGUGAUCAUCAAGCGAGUAGGUCACAACAACGCGACAUAACCUAACAAAAGAACCGGAGUCAUCGGUUGAUGGGCGAUUUACGGUGUUUUUAGCGAUUCCAAUAAAACUCGGCAACAUUCAGUCACCUCCAGGAAAUACAGCAGGCCAGGGCGCGAUGAAGGAACCGGAAGCGGAUCCGAAGAACAUCAUCAAGAGCAGAGAAUUGCUUUACAGAUUGAUGAUCAGUCAGCUGUUCUACGAUGGUCAUCAGACACUAGCCGUGCAGUUAUCUAAUGUAAUACAGGCAGAACCGCCAUGUCCACCCUCAGAUCGAUUACUCCAUUUGAUGUUGAUUGGGGCUGCCCAUGAGCCAGAUCGUUCCAAGAAAGAUAAUAGCACUAGCAUAUCUACAUUUGCAUCGAGUUUUGACAACACUUUAGGUCCUGGAUUAGAUCUAGAAUUUGAAACGGAAACUCAGACUCAAGCUCCAGAACCUGCACAAUAUGAAACAGCAUAUGUCACAUCUCAUAAAGGAAACUGUAGGGCUGGAGCUUUUUCAUCUGAUGGUCAGUUGAUAGCUACUGGCUCUGUAGAUGCCUCUAUCAAGAUCUUAGAUGUGGACAGAAUGCUGGCCAAGUCUGCACCAGAAGAGAUUGCACCUGGAGAUCAAACUGGAGGUCAUCCAGUUAUAAGAACUUUAUAUGAUCACUUGGAGGAAGUAACCUGUUUGGAGUUUCAUCCUAGAGAGCCUAUACUUGUGUCCGGCAGUCGUGAUUUCUCUGUAAAAUUGUUCGAUUUUAGUAAAGCCAGCGUCAAGAAGGCAUUCAGAACUAUCACAGACGCGGAUCAAAUUCGAUGUCUGUCUUUCCAUCCAACCGGAGAUUUUCUCAUAGUUGGAACUAAUCAUCCGGUAGUUAGAUUGUACGAUGUCAAUACCGCACAGUGCUUUGUGUGCAGUAUACCAAGUCAUCAACAUACAGCCGGGAUAACGAGUAUCAAGUACUCGCCAGAUGCAAAGACUUACGCAUCGGCGGGAAAAGAUGGUAGUAUCAAACUUUGGGAUGGCGUGUCGAAUCGAUGUGUGAACACCUUUGCAAAAGCACACGACGGUUAUGAAGUAUGCUCGGUGAUCUUUACGAGGAAUGGCAAGUAUUUAUUGUCCUCAGGGAAAGAUUCCUUGAUAAAAUUAUGGGAAUUAUCGACUAGCAGAUGUCUAAUAGCAUAUACAGGUGCUGGAACUACAGGUAAACAAGAACAUAAGGCACAGGCUAUUUUUAAUCAUACCGAAGAUUAUGUAAUGUUUCCUGAUGAAGCCACUACUUCAUUGUGCGCUUGGAAUUCUCGGAACGCAUCAAGAAAGCAGUUACUGUCUUUAGGUCACAACGGUCCUGUGAGAAUGAUCGUGCAUUCACCGACAGCUCCUGCGUUUUUGACAUGCAGCGACGAUUUUAGAGCAAGAUUCUGGUUUCGAAGAAUGCCAACGCACUAAUGCUUCAUUGUUAAAAUUUAAAGAACACUAAUAGCAGAACAAUUUUUUCUGAUAAUUUCUAUUUUAUAGAGUAGAGUACGCGGAGAUUAAAAGACAUUUAAGAUCGGACACAUCAGUAUAAUUAUGAGAAAGAAAACGAAAAAUAGAAGUAUACAAAUUUUCAUCUUUAAAGCAGCAUAUAUAAUUAAAAAAUCCUGAAACGAUUAUCUUACAAACCCAUGUCGACUGUGAUUAAACAACGUAUGAGUAAACAAUAUAGAAUGUUUUUUGAAUCAGGUAGGUAAAAUAAAUAUGCGAGGUAAUGUUAAUUACAAUUCAAUAUUGGUUCGUAAAAAUUAUUUUUUAAGUUGCUGGCGAGAAUCUUCAUCAAAAUUAUACCGGCUUUAAAUUCUGCGGCGGCAUUUAACACUGCAAUUACAUUUUUAAUUAUUGUAAAGAGAACAUUGCUCGUGUUGAAGUACGGCAGUAAGUGGGUGCGAUUCUACGAAAUAAAAAACAAAAGAUACAUAGGAAA